AUGGCAGUCCUGUCUGUCGCAGCAGUAGAGAUGCUGCCUCGAUUUCUUCUUCCGCGUCUCAGCUGGGACGCUUCGGUCUCGGUGUCACGGGCAGCCCGUCCAUUAGCAUCUAUUGCUCCUAGCAGCCAACGACGGUCUUUUGCAUCGUUCCAGGCUGGCCCUGUUCCUCGAUGUCGCUCGCCUCAAGCCGGUAGCCCGAUUAUCAAAAGAGCAUUCCAUGCGACGGCCCUUAGACAACGAGAUCACCAUUUCGAUACACUCAAGUUUGUGAAACGGUUAGAGGGUGAAGGGUUCACCGAGGAGCAGUCAGCUGCUAUGAUGAAGGUGUUGAAUGAUGUUAUUGAAGAGAGGUACGGCUCUGUUUUUCAAUCAUGCAUUGCGGCUUUCCUAAUCAGAGCCUCUAGUAUCCAAAACCUUACCCGAACAAUGGUCCUUCGCGAAGAUGCUGCCAAAGCAACGUAUACCCAAAAAGUCGACUUUGCCAAGCUACGAUCCGAGCUCCUAUCAGCAGACUCUACCGAGUCCAAUACAACACGCACAGCACACGAACGAUUGACAAACGACAUCGCAAAAUUGAGCAACCGACUCCGCGACGAGAUCAGCCGCACGCAGGCCAGCGUACGCCUUGACCUUAACCUGGAGAAGGGCCGUAUCCGCGAGGAGGCUGUGGGCCAGGAGCUCAAGAUAAAGGAGACCGAGACAAAGAUCGAGCAGGAAGUUGCGGCGCUUCGGGAGAAGCUGGAGCAGGUCAAGUUCCAGACGCUGCAGUGGUUGAUGGGUGUGUGCACCGGUUUCGCCGCCUUGUUGCUUGGUGCCUGGAGAUUGCUCAUGUAA